UAUGAAAGGAUGUUCCAAGCAGCAACGAAGGCCACUAAAGCGUGCUUUAUAACCGGACGGAAGAACUAAAGAACCCUGCAAACGAACUAAAAAAUUUAUGAAGACAAAUAAGAGAAAGCAAACAUAACAAGCAUUUGAAGCCAAUUAUGGGAUAAAAAGGCAAAGAUAAAUAUUAAAAGUUUACAAACAAAAAUUUGUUUUAAAUAAAGCAACAAAAAUGUGUUUAUACUUUGGCGCAAUGGAUUACUUAAUUGACAUAGUGGCUUACUGCGUUUGUCGUGUUAUUGAAAUCUCGUUUGUAGCGUUUGUUAUGGUGUUUGGCAGCAAAACGAAGUUCCUAUCCAAAGCUUGCAGUGGUAUCAACGGCAUAAUCAUUUGUAGAUGUGGAUCCAUGGCGAAUACGUAACUGUUUUCAAUUAAACA